AAAUUACUGUUUUUUGUGACUGACUGGAGGGACUCACUGACUAAAAUAUGAUUGUUGACUUACUGACUAGUUUCUUUCAUAUUAAUUUACUGGCAGUUUGUUUCACUUGCUUACUGACUGGCUGGUUCACUAACUGGCAGAUUGUUUGUCCAGAAAUGUGUUAACUGCUUUACAUAUUGCUUACUGACUGACUGGUUUACCAGCAAGUGAAGAACUUCGUAGGUUGAAGUGUGAUUGCUUCACAGACUGGCUGAAUUAUUUCCUAACUGUAGUGAAAGCUGUUUGACUGCUUUAAAAACUAUUUACUGAUUGACUUUGUCUCUUUUUUUUUUGACUUUCAAUAGUGAGUAACUGUUUAUGGCUGUGAGUUCUUUGUUGAUAUAACCAGUCAACUCAUUUUUAACUGCUUACUGCCUGGUUUGGUGACUGGUUGACCCAUUGGUUGAGCGGUUUACUGCCUUGGUGACUGAUUUUGUACAGUUUAUUCUCAUUAUCAUUAUCUAAUUUACUAACUGUCUGAUUGGCUUACUGACUGACCAAUAAGUGACAGACUGGUUUGAAUUUUGUUUGCUGUUAAAUGUGUCUGUAACUGGUGUACUGACAUGUUUACCAGUAGAUUGGUAACUUUAAAUUACAGUUUAUGGCUGACUCCUUAACUGUUGACUUCACCUGUUGUUACUAGUUGACUGACUUUGUGUUUACUGCCUAAUUUAUCCACUUCUUGAGUGGUGUGCUGACUGGUUUACUGAGCUACUUGUUGAUUUAACACUACUCCACUCGUUCUUUACUAUUUGUCUGACUUUGUUUAACUGCUUACUGACUGGUUUACCUGUUACAUGAGAGGUUUGCUGACUGGGUAACUGGUUUACUGCCUUGUUGUAGUGAUUGAUUUGUGAUGGAUGCACUAGUUGACUGACUGGUGAACUGACCAUUUACAUAUUGUUUACUGACUGACGUUGUCUGGUAAAGGCUGAGUUACCUAGUAUUAACCAGUAUUAACUAGUUGCCUGACCUCGUUUAAAUGUUUACUGGCUGGUUAUGAACAUAUUUAACGUUGUUUUCCACAGUAAUCUGAGGUCAGUCUGUGUUUCAGGUGCAGGAAUGUCUCAGCUGUCUGUCCUUGUGCCACUCACAGGCCUUUUUGUCCUGAUCUCCUCAACGUUUGGCUCAGAAUCCAGUGUGCCGGUACCGGUGACCUGUGUGACGCGCGGAGCCGACCUGGUGGAGGACGGUGUGGUGGUUUUGUGUCCUCCGGACUGCACCCAAUGGAGGGUGUCUGUGUUCGGGACGGGAAUCUACGCCUCCGUCUCCUCCGUCUGUGGAGCUGCUGUCCACAGGGGGGUGCUGGGUCCGUCCGGCGGCCCCGUCAGGGUUCACAAGCUGCAGGGACGACAAAACUACAUGAGCUCCUAUGCCCACGGCAUCCAAUCACAGGACCUGUCACGCUGGACCGCCUCAUUCAGCCUCACUAAGCCUUUAAGUGUCCCACUGGAGUUGACCAGUGACACCAGUACCACAGAUCUGCCUGCAGCUGCACAACCAGCAAAGAAACCACUGAAGAAGCUGUCAGUGAAGAAAGCUCUGACAGGUGGAAAUAAAGACUGUCAGAUGGACAUCGCAAUGGUGAUCGACAGCAGUAACAACAUCGGGCAGCGGCGGUUCAACCUGCAGAAGAACUUUGUCACCAAGCUGGCGGCCAUGUUGAGAGUCGGAUCAACAGGACCGCAUGUAGGGCUGAUCCAGGCCAGUGACACUCCCAGGACAGAGUUCUUUCUGACCAACUACACUCAGCCUAAAGAGCUGCUGUUUGCCAUCAAGGAGCUGGCCUACCUGGGAGGAAACACCAACACAGGUAAGGCCAUCAUGCACGUGGCGGAGACCUUCUUCACCCAGGAGAACGGGGGGAGGCGGGGUCACCCCCGGGUGAUGGUGGUGCUGAUUGACGGCUGGCCGUCUGACGACCUGGAGCAGGCGGCCAUGUUGGCCAGAGAGUCUGGCAUCAAUGUCUUCCUGGUGUCUGUGGCCAAACCGGCACCUGAGGAGCUCACCAUGGUGCGAGACAAGGAUUUUGUGAAGAAGGCGGUGUGUAAAGAUAACGGAUUCUUCAGUUAUUUGAUCCCCAGCUGGUUCAGCACCACCAAACAUGUUAAACCUCUCACGCAGAGACUCUGCUCGCUGGAUGGCCUGCUCUGCAGUAAAACCUGCUACAACUCUGUGAACAUCGGCUUCCUCAUCGACGGCUCAUCCAGCGUCGGAGAUGGAAACUUCCAGCUGGUCCUGGACUUCGUGGCUGGAAUCGCCAGAAGUUUCGACGUCUCAGACGUGGGCUCUCGCAUCGGUGCGGUGCAGUUCACCUAUGAUCAGCAGCUGGAGUUCGGCCUGUUUGACCACUCUAACAAAGACGAUGCCGUCAAAGCUCUGAAGAGGAUCCCCUACAUGAGCGGAGGAACGGCCACUGGAGCAGCCAUCACUUACACCACCCAGAACCUGUUCAGGCGAACAGGACCAGGUCGCAACUUUCUCAUCGUGGUGACAGACGGCCAAUCAUAUGACGACGUCAGAGGCCCGGCGCUGGCUGCACAGAAACAAGGCAUCACCAUGUAUUCGGUGGGCGUAGCCUGGGCGCCCCUGGAUGACCUCAAAGCGAUGUCAUCAGAGGCAAAGGACAGCCACACCUUCUUCACCAGAGAGUUCACCGGCCUAGCGGAGUUCAUCCCUGCGCUGGUCCGAGGCAUCUGUCGAGACUUCACAGAGAACAACUAAGAAAACACACACACGUGUACUUCUAUACUUGUGACGACAACAUUAACCCAAACUUUCAACAGCCUGAAGAUGUGACUGACUAAAUAUUCACUUUAGAAAAUGUCCUCACUUUGAAGGUAGAGACGUUUCUUCUUCCUGUAACAGCCAUUUGAAGAAAAGUAAACCAAACAAAAUAUCCCUGCCAGCACAAAGAUGGAAGUACAGUAGCACACACACACACAAACACACACUGUAUAUAUAUAUAUUCUGUUCACAUAUACCAACCAAUACUGAUACAUACACAUGAACACAUGUAUAUAAAAGACACAACAUCAUCAGUCAUACACAUAUAUACACCAAAUAAAUGUUUUUCUAUUAAAUGAAGGAGAUGUUGGAAAAUCACCAAACCACCAAUUCAUUUUUCACUAAACAAUCCACUGACAGUAUGUUUGGUUCUGUAAUCAGAUUUUUUACAUAAAGAAUAAUCUAGUAAUCCUAAAGUACAACACAAAAACUAGCAUUGUGAACAACUACUGUCAUAUUAGCAAGCAAAAUUGGUAUUGUGAAUUUUAACCCAGCUAACUUUAAAAGGAACCGUAAUCAGAUGCUCGCUGUGUACUGCAGGGUUCAAUCAAAGCAGAGGAAGCUAAUUUCUAUAAAAUAGAUGCUAACUAUGAAAUAAACCAAUAAUAAACUACAGAUUAAAGAAAAAAAAAAAGGUAUUCUUGUAAUUACAACUUCUGUGUCUCAUUAUUACAAAAUAUACAUAUUGCAAGAGUUUUAUUGUAUCAGAUCCAUAUCUCAUAAUUAAAACUAGCUAAAAUGUGUAUCAGAUCUCAUCACUAUGAGAUUUUCUUAUUAUCUUUUAAUUGAGGUCUGAAGAAAAACGAAUAAUUAGAAAUUAUUAGAUAAAGAUUUUGUAUUACAAGAUACUAAGUUAUAACCAAGAAAACAUUAACUUUUUUAAGUUAAUGUUACAUUCUUCUGUAUUUAUUCCAGAGUAAUCUGAAUUUACGCUUCAUCUCUGAAAAUUACUCAACUAAACAAAAAACCCUGAAUUCUUGAAUCUAAGAAUUCAUUCUUAUGAUCCAGGUGACUUUCAAACAUUUCAUAGGUCGGUCCACACAGGAUGUUAAACCAAGCAGCUCUCAUGACUUAUGUGACUGUUGAUCAAAGAUGGGAAAACUUUUCUGUGAUAAAAUAUUCUACACUCAAGGUGAUUUAAAGGGUUAAAAAGGUUAAAAACACCAAAGUCACAGAAACAAACCUAACCAAUAGAGGCAACGGGAGACCAGCAACUCCGUGUUCUGCCAGGUAAAAUUACUGUUUUUGUCAAAGAAGUCUGGUGGCUUUGACGAGAGUGACUAUUUCUGGUUAAACAAAAAAGAUAUUACUCUUUAAAAUAAAUAAAUAAAGGUCCAUCUCUGUAGGGAUCCUUUGCGCAAUGUUGCCAGACACUUGUAAUAACAAUCUGAGCACUUUAGUGGAUGCAAUUGCCCACAAUGAUUGUGUUGCAACCCCAAAAUUCCAAAAAAUGUCCAUGUUAGUCAUAUAGACACAAACACAUGGAAAAAUAGGGUGCAAAUUGAAAAAUACCGAAUUUAGCACAGAGCACUUUGGUCACAUGAUUACAGGUGGCCGUACUGUAGCCUAUAAGCAGGGAGAUGAAUAUCUGUAGGAUGCUGGUAAAAGCUUUCAGACACCUUGAGUUUAGAAUAUAAUAACAGAAAGCUUAAAGUACUUGUUAUCAACAAGACAAGAAAAUUCUGCAAAACAAAAUAAACACUGACAUUAGUUAAAUCUUGACUUUCUGUUUGUAUUUCAGAUUUCUAUCAUAAAUUACAGGAUCAAAUGACAUGCUAACAGAAAUAUAUUCCAAGAUGUUCUAAGUUUUAAGCUCCAUCCUUGUUUAUGUUGUGAUUAGCAGUUUACAACAUUGUACAUGUAUUACAACAAUGUAUUAAUGUCCAAAAUCAAAGUUAAACUGCAUUAAAUCCUCAUUUAAAUUAGAUAUGGUUUGACAAAAGAAUCUGGUGAAGUUCAAUUACAGAAAGAACCAAGGUUUCCAAGGAGAAGCUAAAUCAACGUGAACAAUUUAAUUUAAAUGAGCUGCUUGGAAUUAAUGCAGUUGUAACUUGAUGUUGGAUAGAGAUGUGUGGAUAUACUUCACAUGUUGCCUGUUUAACAACAUUGCAUUCUUUGACAUUCAAACAUCGUUAAAAUAUCAACCAUUGUUGGGGGGGCCUUGGUGGCCUAAUUCAUUACAGCACAUACCAGUUCGAUUUGUUCUGUUUGUUGAGGGUCCUCCUGUCUCUCCACACUGCGUCUGUCAGACAAAGACAAAAUUACCCCCCCCCCCUCCAGGACACAUGUGAGAUUACACAGAUUCUAGUCUUUAAAUGUGUUUUCGUUAAAUUACCAUGUUUUUAUUAGUUUCAAGUCUCUGGCAGGUUCCGUUUGUAAAAAAGGAACGGAAACCAAUGUCUGUCUGGAAUCUUAAAAACUGAUGGAUGAUUUGAAAAAAAUGAACAGUGGUGAUGAACAGAAUGCUGGAUCUAAAAUUAUCUGUAUGCCUCUUUGCCUUUGGGAAACCUGGUUCUGUUUUUAUUUUAUUUUUUGGUCUCCUCCUAUUAGAUUGGGAUGAUUCUGUUCCUUUUUUUUUUGUAUUUAUUACCUGUUUUCCUUGUCUUUCAAUAAAGAAUAGUUAUUUUUA